GAUUCCAUUCGUAAAUUAUAAAAUUAAAAAAAUUAAAUAAAAAAAAAGACAAAAAAAACAAACAACAACUAGUCUUUGGAACUAGAAGCCAUAGACAUAGUACAUUGCAUUGAAUAAUGGGCGGUUUUGAGUCAUAACUUGACAGCUAACAUUUCAUGUGGAAUUUACAAUUUGCUUUCACACUUUCAUAUCUCGCCUCAUAUUUCUCCCUUUGCCUAUACACUUCAUUAAACUCUUCACUUUUUUGCAACUUCAACUUGUUCUGUUCCCUCCAUCUUGUUCCUCAAUUCUUCAGCUAACUCUGUCUUCAUGGGUUGUUGCUUUAGUGCUAGAAUCAAAGCUGAAAGUCCUCCACGUAAUGGUUCAAGUUCAAAGGACUGUAGCAAAGGAAAUGGCUUGAGUCGACGAAGCAGUGGCAGUGGCAAGGUGUCCGCUCCGCCUACUGCUCCUCCAACACCUCGAACCGAGGGCGAGAUUUUGAAUUCUUCCAAUAUGAAGAGCUUCACUUUUAGUGAGCUAAAAACUGCUACAAGAAACUUCCGUCCUGAUAGUGUGGUUGGUGAAGGUGGAUUUGGAGCUGUAUUUAAAGGGUGGAUUGAUGAGCACUCGCUUGUGCCGGUUAGACCGGGGACUGGAGUUGUCAUUGCUGUCAAGAAGCUUAACCAAGAAGGUUUACAAGGACACAGUGAAUGGUUGACAGAAAUCAAUUACCUGGGACAGCUGCACCAUCCUAAUCUUGUGAAACUGAUUGGUUACUGCUUCGAAGACGAUCACCGCCUUUUGGUAUACGAGUUUUUGACCAAGGGCAGUUUGGACAAUCAUUUAUUUAGAAGAGCUUCUUACUUUCAACCGCUUUCUUGGACCAUCCGAAUGAAGGUUGCUCUUGAUGCUGCUAAGGGUCUUGCAUAUCUUCACAGCGAUGAAGCAAAAGUGAUAUACCGAGACUUCAAAACUUCAAAUAUAUUGCUCGACUCAAGUUAUAAUGCAAAACUUUCCGAUUUUGGCUUGGCAAAGGAUGGACCAGCAGGUGAUUCGAGUCAUGUCUCUACAAGGGUAAUGGGCACGUAUGGCUACGCCGCUCCUGAAUAUAUGGCAACAGGUCAUUUGACUAAAAAGAGCGAUGUGUAUAGCUUCGGUGUUGUGCUCCUUGAAAUUAUGUCCGGAAAACGAGCACUCGACACCAACAGGCCAUCAGGGGAACACAAUUUAAUUGAAUGGGCCAAACCUUACCUCAACAGCAAACGCAGAAUCUUCCAAGUUAUGGAUGCUCGCAUCGAAGGCCAAUACUCAUUGCGUCAAGCAGUAAAAGCAGCUAACCUGGCGGUUCAAUGCUUGUCGGUUGAACCAAGAUUUAGACCGAAAAUGGACGAGGUUGUAAGAGCAUUGGAGGAACUCCAGGGUUCCUCAGAUGACCUGACCGGAAGAGUAGGAAGCUCUCGAGAUCAAAAUAUUAGGAGUGUUCCUAGCUCGAGGAGUAAUGGUCCUCGACAACAGAGAAGUAAUAAACCAAGUGAAACAAUAAAUAAAUGAAUGUUGUAGGUAGAUAUAUGCUUCUGGUUUUGAUUGAGUUGGCAUAUUUGUAUAUCAUGGUGAACUACUGAAGUAUAUGUGUCUGGAGAUAUCUGUGAUUGUUGUACAGGUUUUUGAUUCAGUAAUAUUAUUAAAAUUUUCAUUUCUUCUUCCA